CAUAUUUUUGCAUCCCAUUUUUAUUUUGUUUUCCAAUUCAAACACGCUGGUUCUAUGGUUUGAGGUCUCCUCCACACACCGUAGCGGUGGCGGUGAAUUCCUGCAGGACACAUUUCACUGCUCACCACGGCGGUAAGGCCAAGACGAUAGAAUUUUAUGCCGCCGCCACCAGACACUUUUGUAGCUUCUUCAGCAGCUGAAACGCUGCUAGUAAGCAUUUUAUUAUUGUUCCGUAUACCGUAUUGGAAUGGACGUCGGCAACAUCACAAUAUAGACUGCAGUUGCAACUUGCAUUCGACGAUCGUCAUUCAUUCUAUCCAAAUACGAACUUCCGUGAUCAUGUUUUUGAACAAAAUACCCAAGUGUCUGACGACGAAGGCUAACAGCGUCCCGUGUCUUUUCUAUCAUAAAAAUGUGAUUGACCAUUAUGAAAAUCCCCGUAAUGUUGGGACGUUGAAUAAAAAUGACAAGAAUGUUGGAACUGGAUUGGUUGGCGCACCGGCAUGUGGUGAUGUUAUGAAGUUACAAAUUAAAGUUAAUGAUAGUGGUAGAAUUGUUGAUGCCAAGUUUAAAACUUUUGGCUGCGGAUCUGCUAUUGCUUCUAGUUCACUAGCUACAGAAUGGGUUAUGGGAAAAACUGUUGAUGAAGCACUUUCCUUAAAGAACACGGACAUCGCUAAAGAACUAUCUUUGCCUCCAGUAAAGCUUCACUGUUCAAUGUUGGCUGAGGAUGCUAUUAAAGCAGCAUUAUCUGAUUAUCGUAUUAAACAACAAGAGAAGAAAAAAUCAGAAGACCAGGAAUAAUGAACGUGUUACCUAGUAAUAAUUUUAUAAAAUUGUAUUUGUUGUCUUUGAAAUUAUCAUAUUUAUAAAUUGCAUAAAAAAAAUUAUAGAUACUAUAUUUAUAAAUGAUUAGUAUAAUAUAAUCUCAUAUUUUAGCAAUUCUAGUUUAAAAUAAAUUAUUGUUAAAUA